CGUCUUUGCUGUCGUGUGCAACAUGGCGGCGUCCGGGUGGCAUGCAGGAAAGUACAUUUAUAAAAACAAUCGAAUUUUGUUGACCAACAUCGAGAAAAUGUUGUUUCAUAGGAAUUUUGCUGCGAGCUCAGCUUUACGCCAACAAGCUGUAGAAACCAACAAAGGAGACUCCUUGGAGACAAUCACCAUACCCAGAAAGAAAGUAUGGAGCAAAGAAUCAGUAUUGGAGGCCUUGGCUGUGACCGUGCGCAGGGAUCAUACAGCUUAUCCCUACCAAUUCCAGGAUGAUCCUUACCUCUCCCCGAGGAACGCUGCCGAGUUUAAGUUGUACUCUCUCUCUCAAGAGUCUGGCAGAUCUGCAGCGAAAUACUUUGUCAACAAUCAUCCAAAGUUCUUCACCAAAGAUUUUGCUGAACCGCAUAUACCUUGUCUCAUGCCAGAUACGAUAUCACUGCGCCUUGAAGAAGUGAGUGAAGAGUCACUGAAAGAAAGGAUCAGCUUGAGAAAAGUUAAGGCUGCUGUCGACAUGUACGAUCAACUGCUGCAAGCCGGGACGUCUGUGUCAAUGGAGACAACCCACAACCUGUUAGACUUGAUUUGUCUCUUUUGUGACAGAGACCCUGUCCAAGAGGAUGGGCCACAGACAGAGGACAUGGAGGAAUCUGUAAAUGACGUGAAGAAAUGGAAAGGGAAAGUCCGUCGCCCCUCAGCCUUGCUCAAGUUUACCUGGAAGGAAAAUAACAAUGCAGAAAGAAUAUUUAACCUAGUGCCGGAGAAAGAUACCCGAUGUUACUCUGCUCUCAUCAGAGGGAUGGUGAAGCACGGAGCCUAUGCAAAGGCGUUCAGCGUGUACACAGACCUGCUCAACAAGAGACUCACUGCUGACGUCCACAUUUUCAACGCCUUGAUCUCAGCUGUUCCAGAAGUCAGAGACAAAUACAUCGAAAGAUGGGACCUCAUUGCUGAGAUUUUAAACCAGAUGAGUCGACAGAAAAUCCAUCCCAACCUGCAAACCUUUAACAGUGUUCUUAAAGCCUUGAGACGCUGUGGCUCUUUGGCCAGAACGUUGGCAUUACAAACUCUGAGCGAGAUGACGGCUCUCCGUAUAGCUCCCAGUCUGGCCACCUUUGACCAUGUACUGGCUAUAUUUUACAAAGCAGCAUCAGCUGGCCAGGGCAACACUGACAUUUUGCAGGAAGUGAUGUCGGAGUUGGCAGGGAAAAGCUUCAUCUGCCAGGAUCCCGGUGACGUUCUAUUCUUCUCUAGUGCCAUGAGGAUUUGUCUGGAUUAUAAAGAUCUGGAUCUUGGAUAUAAAAUCCAAAAUCUGGUAGAGGUGGGGGAGAACUGGAGGCUUCUGGGUGAUUCCUACCACCGGAGUGUUUAUUAUGGGCGCUUCUUCAGCCUGUUGUGUAUGAUGGAACACAUUGAUGUGGUGCUGAAGUGGUAUAAAGAGCUCAUUCCCUCGUUGUAUUACCCAAACUCACAAGGACUGAGAGACCUCCUGCAGGCUCUGGACACAGACAGUCGCUUGGACAUGCUACCUACUAUAUGGAAAGAUAUCCGAUCUCUGGGUCAUGACAAUAAACUCGAACUGAUUGAGGAGCUGCUCAACUUAAUGGCCAGAGAGAAACACAGUCCUGAGGUCCAAGAGUCUUUUGCUGCGUGUGCACUCGAUAUAAAGAGUGUAUUUGAUCGCAACAGAAGUAGGACCAGCCUGGAGUGGAACAACACCACCCUCUCGCAUGUUACUUCUCUCCUGCUGCGAGCCAACAAGAUCCCAGAGGCUUGGGAGAUGCUCCAGGUUUUCAAAGAACAGAACCGAGUUCCUUCCGCUGAGCUGUUGGAGGACUUCCUGUCCGUGUGCCGGAGCGAGGGCUCUGCCCAAAGAGCCGUCCAGCUUGUUCAGCUUUCGGCUGCCUUUUGUCUGCAGGCGACACAGAAACUGGCAAAGCUGACGCUAACUGGGUUUAAUUUGAGUGAGGAGCAAAGAAUCAUAUUGUCUGAGCUGGAGAGUGUCACAGAGCCCACAGACUGAAGAAAUGGGCCAGCAUUCAUUAAGAAAAACUGACUCCUACAAUCAAUUAUUCAGUGAAAAAUGUGAAAACAAGAGUAUACCAGCUACGUAUCCAUGUAAGAAAAAUGGGGCAAUGGCAAGCUGUGCCUCCAUUUAUGGACAAAGAUGUACAGUACUGUACUUCAAUUGUGAUGUUUUAUUUGUCCGCCAGAGGUCACCAUUUCCUCUCAAAUGACUACGUUUUGGCGUGGUCUGCUGUAUAGUAAAAAACAAAAGUGAUUAUCACAAAUAAAGUGCUCUAAGUGCAUGA